CCUUUAAUUCCUUGCAUGGUUUUAAAAGUCUAUAUCCCACUACAAUAAAUAAUUUGUCAUCUUGAGUUUCCUCUUCCAUCAUAUUACUCAACUUUCCUAAAAAAUCAGAUUUCUUCAGUACUAAAUUUGCUGCCUUUUUAAAGCUGCUGAUCUUUUUGUUCUCUGAAGAAUCAAGAAUGAGGAAAUAUUGGAUGUCAAUUAUUUCUGUCUUUGCUUUUUUUGUAUUUCCACAUUUCAUUUUUUGUUUAUCCAAUGAAGAGAUCCAACUCAAUAGCCAGUUGAUUAGCAUUAACCAACAUGUUCCUAAGGUGAAUUCUCAUAGGAUAGUUGAUAUUGAAAUUCAUGGAAUAUUAUUAUGGGCUUCAAUGGGAUUCUUGAUGCCUGCUGGAAUACUCACAAUAAGACUCUCCAACACAGAAGAGUGUAGCACAAUAAAACUCAAAAUUCUCUUUUAUCUUCAUGGAACUCUUCAGGUGCUCUCUGUGGUGUUGGCUACUGCUGGAGCUGUGCUAUCAAUAAAGAGCUUUGAAAAUUUGUUCAACAACAAUCACCAAAGAAUAGGCUUAGCACUUUAUAUUGCCAUCUAUGUCCAAUUUUUUAUGGGAUUUCGAAGGCCUAAGAGGGGAAGUAAAGGAAGAAGUGUAUGGUACUUUUUCCAUUGGCUACUUGGAACAACAAUAUGCUUGGCAGGAAUUAUCAACACUUACACAGGCUUAAAUGCUUACAAUCAAAGGACAUCUAAACCAAUAAGUCUUUGGACAAUAAUUUUUACAGCUCAAAUCUCAUUCAUGGGAUUAUUCUAUCUUUUCCAAGACAAAUGGGAAUAUAUACAAAAGCAAGGGGUCAUUCUUGACAAUAAUGAAACUAUAACACCUCAAGUGGAAAUAGUUGUUACUCAAAAUGAUGAACAGAAGAUGAUAAUGAGAACUGAGUCAGGAAGGAAAAGCAAUGCACUUGGGACUUUCUUUUCUAGAAAUAAUGUCCUAAACAAAUUAUUUCAACAAACUUGAAAUGUUUUCAUGUUUCUUGGAAACUACUAGUUUCUGGGUACGUGUGUUGCAUAUGUAUCUUGUAUGAAAAUCAAUAAUGAAAAAAAAUAAAA